AUGGAUCCUCCCUGGAGAAUCAAGGGAGGUUAAUAGAAUGACUCUUCAUUUAUGUUCACGAAUAGCAAAUUCUCUCUAGACUACAACACUAUGAGCAAUCAAGAAAUUAUGGAUAUUAAAAUAGAGAAAUUGAGUAAGAAAGGAUUUCUGUUUCUUUGGAUCCUCAAUACUCAACUCAAUAUUGCUUUUGAAAUGGCUAGUAAGUGGGGAUAUGAAAUAGUUGAUCAAAUUAUGUGGGUAAAAUUGAAUCCAUAAGGCAAUAACGUUUAUCUUUCUACAGGAUAUUACUUUAUGCACUCAUUUGAAAUAUGUCUGGUUGGGUAUUAAAAUAGUGAACAUGUGGAAUAUCAUUCAAAAAUAUCAAACAACGUCAUCUUUAGUUCUAUCCGAAAUAAAUCUUAGAAACCGAUCGAGUUAUAUGAAAUCAUAGAAAUGAUGAUGCCAGGUUCUAAGAAAGUAGAAAUCUUUGCUAGAAAUCAUAAUCUAAGACCUGGAUGGUUUUCUAUUGGAAAUCAAUUGGGAGAAACCUUUUAGAAGUGGUUGGUCUAGAUAAGCUGUAACAUCUGCGGGAUCUCUUUGUAACCUGGUAUUUGUAGAUACAAAUCUAAGAAAAUAGCCAAUUUUGACAUCUGUUAGAAUUGUUACAAUAAAAAGAUCAGCGAAGGAGAACUCACUUAGACCGAUAUGUUCUUCUUAGCGAACAAAGCUGAUGAAGAAGUAUUGCAUCAAUAUCAUUAAUGUAAUGGUUGCGAUUAGAAUCCCAUUUGGGGAGCUAGAUUCGAAUGCAUUACUUGUGACAAUUAUGAUUUUUGUGAGGCUUGUUUUGAUAAUCUACUGAUAACUGGAGAUCCUAAUCAUAAGGAUCAUGAAUUCAAAGUGAUAGAAUUGCCUACCUUUGCUGAAGGUAUACCUUGUCAUGAUUCUAAGUGCAAUGGGUGUUUUCAAAAACCCAUUCUUGGUGUCUAGUUCAUUUGCAAGCAAUGUACAAAUUUUAGUUUAUGCUAGAAUUGUUUCUUCACCAGAAGUUAAACAGAAUUGAAUGGACCAAGACAUAAGGCUGAUCAUCGUUUCGAGCCUAUAUAUGAAGUUUAGCAAUUUCAAAAAAAAACUUAUAAGUGUUAAGGUUGCGAAAUCGAAAAAUCUGGGAGUGUUUAUAAAUGUGAAAACUGCUUUGGCUUUUAUUUUUGCGAAGAAUGUUAUACACUUAAAAAAGAUGAUUGGAAAUGCUAUGUGGCAACCAGUCAUAAAAAUUAUCACACAUUUAUCUAGAUAUGA